AUGGACGGCGACUCUCCAGCUCAGCAGAGCCGUCAGGCAUCCACUCAGAUCGAGAGUGGCGGUGGCAGUGGAAGUGCUACGGUGGCCCAGCGACCGCCGACCGUGGCCCAGGCCAAGGGCAAGGCCGCCGCAGCAAAAGUGCCAAGGAUGUGUGCUGCUGAGGAUUGCCCCAAUGAAGCUUGCAGAAAUCAGCGUUGGUGCCAAGAUCACCGGCGGGCUCAUGCAGCCAUGGUUAUCAAUGCAAGGAAGCAGGGGCAGGAGGACGAGCUGAAAGAAGUCAUGUCAUGUGAGAUUCGAAGCAAAGUGGCGAUGCGUGAUUGGUGCGAGAAGAACCCAGUGGAUGGGAAAUGGUCUCGCAAGAGAACUCACGACUUCGCGCAGUACCAGCACGUCGAAGGCACCUUGGAUGAGCAUGGCGACAAUGACCAAGAUUGGCCGAUGACGGAAGCCGAGUUUCUGCAUUGGGCCACGGACACCAAGCGACUAACCAGCACCGGGGCCUCCAACUGGUGGAAGGAGUUGCUGGUGUCUUGCAAGAAGGACUUCAAGGGCAGAGAGCCCCAUGGGGCUCUGGGAGCUCAGCGCCUUUGGGUGCCGGCAGCGGAGUUUAGUCAGCGCAAGAGAGCCCGCUUCAAUCAGUCGCAGGUUGUGGAGAACAGCCGCCCAAUGAGGAGACUGGCCGAGGAUGACCUGGAUGAUCUCAGGGCUUUUGCUGCUUCCAGAACAGCUGAUGAGAGCUUUCUACGUGGAGAGCCACGGCGAGUGGCUCCUCGCGUUUCGCAGCCGCAGACGCCGACGGGGCCGGGGCUGCCAUCCACUGCUGCUGCUGGCACUUCGCCAGCCGGGGCCGAGGCAAACACGAGCCCGCAGAAGGAGAAGGCUGUGGACUUGGCCCUCGAGAAGCCCAAGCUUAUCAACAAGCAGAAAGCCGAGCUUCGAGGGUUGGAAACUGGUUUGCGAGAGGCAGCCCGGAAAGGCAUGGAGCAAUGGACCGCCUGCAGCAAGGACUCGGACUCCACAUCCGAUCCGUCUUUGCAGGCAUUGAUGCCUCACCUGGAGUUCCGGUUGCGUUGCUCGGCAGCUGUGUUUGAGUACAAGGACGUUGACUUCCUUCAGGAUGUUUCCUUCGCAAAAGACAAGGACAGCGUUGAGGACCUCCUGAAGAACAACCCGGAGAUGCUGCCGGUUCAGGAGGAGCACGUGAAGCACCUCCAGUCUUUCUCAGGACUCCAAGACGGCAUCGACAAGGUCGUGGCAGCGGCCACAACCGUGGCACAGCUGGAGGAAGCCAAGGAGGCAUGGGGUGCCAAGAAGCUUGCUCUGAAGUCUUUGGAGAAGGGUGUCAACCAGGCCACCAAGGACGCCAAGUCCCGAAAGGCCCAGCAGCAGAAGGAAGCGCAACGCAAAGCCCAGGCAGAGCAAAAGAAAAAGGAUCGCGAGCAAGUGGAUGCUUUCAAGGAGCAGAGCGACCAACGUGCGAAGGCGUUGUUGGCAGAGAAGAAGGGUGGCAUCAGCAAGAAGGGCUAUGUGGCUUGCCAGUUCAUGUUCGACAAGAUGUCGCAGAAUGCUUUGCCAGACGGCUUCAGCCUCCAGUCCUUCACGGAAGUCGAGGUUGGGAAGCUGCCCAGCAUGUCUGGGCCUUGGGUGCUGAGAGGUGCCGCUGCUGUGGCUGUGGACAAGUGGUCUACGAAUACCAUCGUUACCAAGACAACGCAAGCCUACGCAGUGAAGUAUAAGGCCUUCCCCGACUACCUCAACCGUGGCAGAGUCUCGGCUGCUUUCGAGGCCAAGCAUGGGCACGAGAACACGGUCGACAUGUUCUCCGGCAUGGUCCCCCACGUGAAGAACAUGCAGGCCUUCCCUGCGAGCCAAACCUUUCAGAACACAACCUGGCUCGCAGGAUACUCCCCCGAGAUGCGGUUCGUUGGUUUGCAAGCCAAUGGCGCUUUGACAUUGAAAACCAUGGCAAUGGGUCAGGUCCUACAUGUGUGUCUCUCCUGCACGGAUGUGGUCAAGGGGCUCAUGGAGCUUGGCAUGCUGAAACCUGAUUCAAAGUUUGCCGAUGUCGAUGGCUUUUGCAGCCUGCUGGAGGACUUGGACAUGGAUGCCUUCGUGAAGAUGCAUAAGGCCGGCGUCAAGCUGUACAUGCACAAGGCCAUCCCCGGAGAGGUCAUCGGCAUUCCAAUGGGAUGGUUUUGCUUCGAGCUUGCUGUUGACGGUGCCGUGCUUGUUGCUGCCCGUCAAGGCUUCUUCAUUGUCGACACGUCGGAGGAGGACCUGAAUCAGUACAAGUCCAUGCGAGACAUCUUGAUCAUGUGUGGCAAGGCCGGCGACAAGUACAACCAGAUCAUUGACAUGCUUUCUCAGAAAGGAGGUGACGGCAACGGUCAGUGA